UUCCUCCUCCACUCGCAUCGCGACGUCGCGUCCACCCGGGCACCUCCCCUCGCUCUCCGCCCUCCGUCUCUCCCCGCCGCGGCGGCGGCUGCUCCCCGGCUGUCACCGGACGCGCCCCGACAACUAUGAGGAGAUACAGUCCCCCAUAUCGCAGCCCCCCCAGGAGGGGAUAUGGUGGCAGAGGAAGAAGCCCCCCACCUAGGAGGGGAUAUGGAGGACGGAAGGAGGGUUCUGGAAGUCUUUUGGUCCGCAAUAUCCCAUUAAGCGUCAGAUCGGAGGAUCUUCGAGUUCCUUUUGAAAGGUUUGGUCCUGUCCGGGAUGUUUACAUCCCAAAGGACUAUUAUAGUGGUGUCUUGUCCGUUGAAGUUCUUCUAUGAAGACAAGAUUUGAUACAUUGAGAAAAUUAAUUUCAUGAAGUGAAGAUAAGAGAUAUGUACUGGUACAUAUGAGAAGAUAAAAGAGAGUCAAGUCGAUUUCAAGUACUUUCGUGACUUUUCAAAAGUUGGGGAACUUGAAGCGAGUGAUUUUGUGAAGAUGCUCUUAAUGAGGAUCACCAUACGUAGUUGUAUACAAGAAAUUUGGACACUAGAGCCUGGACGUCUAACAGCUUUUUGCAACACUUGCUUCCCUUUUGACGGAAAUGUUAGUAAGUUGUUGACUGUGCUUCACCGAGAGCUAUAGGGGGCACCCUGAAUUUUUGAACUGUGAUGGUUGCACGGCAGGAUGACACCAUUGGAGCCUCGAGGAUUUGCAUUUGUGGAGUUUGUUGAUCCUUAUGAUGCCUCAGAGGCCCAGUAUCACAUGAACCGCCAGGUUUUCUUUGGUCGGGAGAUAACUGUUGUUCUUGCUGCUGAGUCACGAAAAAGGCCAGAUGAAAUGCGCAACAGAGCUAGAGUCAGGGGUUACUCUGGUCAUGAAGGUCGCCGCUCUUCUUAUUAUGGGCGGUCUCGUUCCCGUUCCCGCUCUCCACGCUAUCGGGGCCGUCCUCGGUCAAGAUCAUACUCACCUGCUCCGAGGCGACGAGAUGACUACUCUGUUUCUCCAAGGAGAAAGGAAGCACAGCACACCUCUCCUCCUAGACGCCCACCAAAGGAGCUUGAUGAAGAUAAGAGGAGGAGAUCCUAUUCUCCUGCCAGUAGAGAUGAUGCUGAUAAUGGUUAUGAGAAGAGGUCGCCCCCACCUGACAGCGAUGGAUCCCCUCCGCGCCGGAGGUCUCCCAGGGCGUACUCAGCCUCGCCUCCUGGAUCUCGUUCCAGGUCUGCGGAUGAGUCUCCUGCCCGCAGCGACUGAUUGCAUGGUCGCAUUACUCGCGGUCCGGUGCAUGCGGCCAGUCGGUGCCUACAUUGUACCAUCUCACUUUGCCGUCUCACUUGCCAGACUGAACUCAUUGAACUUAGCCCUUCGGGGGCAGUGUUGUAUUGCUAGGAAGUGUCUAUCGUGCUUAGUACUUUGUCCUGUGCUAUGUGCGUUUGGUGUUGGCAGCUUGUACUAGUCACUGUUGUUAUAACCUUGAACCUGUAGCGUGAUGGUUGAGUGCUGGGCCAGGGCCCAUAUCCUUUGACACUUUA